AUGGACGACGCGCACGACGCGCGCUGGGCGACGACGAGCGCGCGAGAUGGGGAGCGCGCGCGCGCGGCGUAUUGGAAAAAGUACCGCGUGCGCGCGAACGCGGCGCUGGGAACGUUCGUGGAGACGGUGUGCGAACUACUCGAACGCGGCGCGCGAACGGGAGAAGAGACGGCGUACGGACGCGCGCUGCGGAACUGCGCCAAGGCGUGCGCCAAGGCGGAGACUGCGCUCUCGGGACGCGAACGCGCGAUCGUGGUGAAGGGAAUCGGGCCGAAAAUGUGCGACGUAAUGGAGGAGUUUUGGCGACGAAGUCGAGCGCCGACGGUGACAGAGUACGGCGAGACGCUGGGGGCGAGAAAUUUCUUCGGAGCGGCGGGAGCAAUCGCGGGAGAGCGGGCGCGGGAGACGCAUGGCGCGACGAGUCGAAACGACGUCACAGAUCUCGAUCAUCUGCGACACAAAGUAGCGCGCGCGGCAGGAGCGCGCGCGACGGAGAGCGAACCGGCGGCGAAACGCGCGAGAAAUACCAAACCGUGGGUGCCCGGUUAUCGCACGGCGGCGUUCGCGCUCUUGGUCACCGCGCAUAGGCUCGCGCUCGAGGGGCGGGAGGUGUUGACUAAAGACGAGCUCCAAGACGAAACAGAGGUGAGUGGUUUGAGCGCCAAGGGGAUCAAACCCAAACCGACGUCGCGCGCCGUCAUGGGUGGGCGCGGCGCGGCGCAGCACUUCGCGUACUGCGGUUGGAAUUCCUUCAAGUCGUUGAAGACGUUGCAGAAUGGUUACGUCGAACCCAUGGUGAACACGUGGAAGAAGUCCUACGCGAUGCAAAUCCGUCUGAGUAAGACGGGGACGGAGCUCGCUGCGAAAUUACACGCCGCCGCGGAGGCGCGCGGGGACUGUUCGUGCGGUUUCGCUGCGCCGGGCGAAAACGUCAACCCAAACUUUGCCCGCGAAUGCGAAGAAAACGACGACGACGACGACGAAGUGGCGAUGCUGGACGACGCCGGAGUUUGGACACCAGUGUGUUCGCAACCUCUGCCAUCGUCGUCGCAAGUACCGCGUGUGACGAACGCGGCGCCGGCUUUAAAGAACCUCGUGAGUCCGUCUAGAGGCGAAUGGGCGCUCCCGCCGCUCCAAGGAGACGAAACGUACGCUGACAGGUACGAAACCGUCUUAGUGGUAGACGUUUCCGAGACGAAGUUCACAGAACGCGAUCUUGAGUUCUUCCGGAAUGCGGGCGUGAAGACGCUCAGGCACAGCCUCGACGCCGGUGAUUUCGCUUGGGUCGCGUGCCCGAAAGGCCUCGCGCCGAGUUUGGGCGACGCGUAUGUGCUAGAUAUCCUCAUCGAACGUAAAGAGGUGAAUGAUUUACGAGCGAGCAUCAUACCGAGCGACAAGAGCGGACAGCGUUUUGUGCGGCAGAAGUAUCGCAUGAAAAAUUAUAGCGGGCUGAAGAACCUGGUCUAUCUCAUCGAAGGCAACUUGCGCAACGUGAGCGCCAUGUUUCGUCGCGAUCGCGGCGGCGGCGCGCGCACGUCUGUCCCCACGCAUAGUGGAAUGACGACCGUGGAUAUGGUCGGUCGAUUACUCAGCGCUCGCGUGCAAACGGAAAUCUUUCACGGAUUCAAAGUGGUAAAUACCAUGCACCUGGAGGAUACGAAGCGGUUAUUGAAGAAUUUGACGCUCUCCUUGCACGCGACGUACGGUCCGCUCACUCGCGCCAGGGCGAGCAAGAAGGCUCGCACUUUUGCCGAGUAUGAACGCGAUUUUCGCGAGAUAAAACACAAAGAAGAAAGCACGGUUAAGGUCACGUGGAUGCGCAUGCUCGCGCAAAUCGACGGCGUCGGUCCAAUCAAGGCUCAGGCGGUCGUCGAGGUUUUCCCCACGCCAUCCUCACUGAAAAGCGUCGUGGAUCGGGACAGGCACCGCGCGCGCAUGGAGCUGCAAGUCAUUAGGACAGCCGCAGAGACACAGGCGAGAUCCGUCGGUCCUUCUGCGAGUGAUAAAAUAUUAGAAGCAUUAUUUCCCGUCGCGGACUAG